AUGAGAUCUUUGACGGCUUCUCCCGACCAAGUAAGAGAAAACAUUGUCAACUUCAUCAAUGACGAAAAAAAUGAUUAUAACAGAGUACUAAAUGGAAACUUUGUUGGAUUGUAUUGUUUGAACAGUUGGUUUGAUGUCAAAGUCAACACCAAGAAUGAAUUGCAAGAUUUCGAAUUAACUAGAUUGAGAACCCAGUUCUUGAUUAAGAUUAAGAAGAUGUUGGUCAGAUUGAGAUUUCCAAAUUUUAUCGUGAUUAACUCUUUAUACUUUUUGGAUUUGAUCCAGGAUUAUACCAAGAACUUUGAAAAUAGCAAUUUGCCAGAAGAUGAAGCAUAUCCUUCGUAUUACAAAACCAAGGAGGACAACUUGUUUUUGAAUUAUGUUGUUUGCUUAAUGGUUGCCAACAAGUCCGCUAAUGAUUUUGCAAUGAAGGCCAAGUACUGGUCUAGGCUCACAAAAAUUCCAAUCAGAAAGAUCAAUGAGUUGGAACUCGUUCUUUUGAAUGUUAUUUUGAAACAUCAGCCUUUGACUUUGAAUUUCAACAUAUCAAAAUUGGUCAAAUUCAACAAUAAUUUACAAUCAAAGAUCACUCCUUUCAAUAACUAUAUCGAAGAUUUCAACGCCAAGUUCAAUUCAGUCUAUGGUUCCGGCGCAACUACUACUUCUGCCACCCCAGAGAAAGUUUCAUUGCCAACUCCUCAACCAUCUCCAAAGCCAAUAUACCAAGCAAAGGAUUCUCCAUCAGAGCCAAAUUCUUCUUCUUCAACUUCUUCCGAAGUCAGUCCAAGCUCAUCUUACACCGAAGAACAGAGCUCUGUCUCCAGCUAUUCUCCAAACUCUACUACUACCAGUGUUUACAGUGUGUCAAAUGAUUCUGGAAUCAAGAUCCAGAACAUUCCUCAAAACGUUACAAGCUCGUUAGAAAAAUUUAUCCAAACACCAACUACAAACUUCAAGAAACCUGAAACAGUGGUUACCACUAAUAGUAACUACUACGCCGCUUCUUUAUCAAACCCAUACAAAUAUAUUGAUUUUGAAGGAAAAGUCAACGAAAAGAAGGUGAGUCAAGAAGAGGAAAUCCCUGAAUAUCGCGAGCAGUAUUAUAGUUUGGAGGUUUACGAAUGUUGA